AUAUAUAUAUGCACACACACAUAUACUAUACAUGUGUGAAAAAGUAAAAAUAUUCACGGCUUCUCCCCCUUCUUAUUGUUGAGAAAUUAUAUAUCCUUUCCUUUUUUGUCUUCCUUUUUCUAAGUAAUUAAACAAAUGGUACCACCACUUUUAGUUGUUCUCAUUUUGAGUUCUCAUAUUAUUGGGAAUUCACAAGCCCAACUCAGAGUAGGUUUCUAUUCCGAGACAUGUCCAGAUGCCGAGUCCAUUGUCGGUGGUGUUGUUCGGCAAGCCACUCUCUCAGACUCCAACAUUCCUGCUGUCUUGCUUAGGCUCCACUUUCAUGACUGCUUUGUUCAGGGAUGUGAUGGGUCAAUACUGAUAGACAACGGGCCUGAUGCUGAGAGACAUGCAUUUGGUCACCAAGGAGUGAGUGGUUUUGAAGUGAUCGAGAGAGCCAAGUCGCAACUGGAAGGUGUGUGUCCAGGUGUUGUUUCUUGCGCAGACAUCGUGGCCUUGGCUGCUAGAGAUGCCAUUUCCUUGACAAAUGGGCCAGGGUAUGAUGUACCGACAGGGAGAAGAGACGGUGUGGUUUCGAAUAUAUCGAUGGCCGAAGACAUGCCAGAUAUAAGUGACUCAGUUCAGCAACUCAAAGCCAAGUUUUUGCAGAAGGGACUCUCUGACAAAGACCUCGUGCUUCUCACUGCUUCACAUACGAUUGGUACAACAGCAUGUUUCUUCAUGACAAAAAGGCUGUACAACUUCUUUCCCGACGGGGGUUCUGAUCCGGCUAUAAACCCUAAUUUCCUACCGGAGCUGAAAUCAAACUGCCCACAAAACGGGGACAUCAAUGUACGAUUACCGAUAGACCGGGGCAGCGGACAGACAUUCGACAACCAAAUUUUGAGCAACGUUAGGGAUGGGUUUGCUGUGCUACAAUCUGAUGCAAUUCUCUAUGAAGAUGAGGCAACCAAGAGUGUGGUAGACUCUUACUUUGGUAUGCUAAGCCCAAUACUUGGACCAACAUUUGAGGUGGAUUAUGUUGAUUCAAUAGUGAGAAUGGGUCACAUUGGGGUUAAGACUGGCUUGCAAGGGCAGAUUAGGCGUGUUUGUGGAAUGUUUAAUUGAAUUGUAUAAUGGAUUUGGUGUGUAUCCUGGUUCAAUUGUAUGCUUCACUUAAACAACUUUGAAAUGUUAAUAUGUUUAUAUGACUAGUUUUUUUUUUUUGAA